GACCUGGGAUUCGGUUGUGACGUCAGGCCGGAGUGAAUUAAGAAACGUGGCCUUAGCAGAGCAGCGGAAGGGUCUGUUUGGAAAGUCGGCGAUCAUUAGAAGUCCUUCAUUUGACAGUCCUGUGAUAGUUAGAAUUUGAAAAUCGUACAGCAAUGGCCGAAGUUGAGCAGCCCUUCCCGGAGGAAUCCGUUCUUAUCAAUGCCUCCAGCAGCAACGGUAGUGACCUGGCUAACGUCACGGCGGCUAAGUUCGUGUCCACUCCGGAGGGAACGGCGAUAGCUUACGGUAGCCUGGUCUUUAUGGCGCUACUGCCCAUAUUUUUUGGUGCGCUGCGCUCAGUCAGCUGUGCCAAAAGCAAGAACUCCUCGGAUAUGCCAGAGACUAUUACCAGUAGAGAUGCGGCUCGCUUUCCUAUAAUUGCUAGCUGCACACUUUUUGGACUGUACCUCUUUUUCAAAAUAUUCUCUCAAGAGUACAUUAACUUGCUUUUAUCAAUGUACUUCUUUGUGUUGGGUGUUUUGGCAUUAUCGCACACCAUCAGUCCAUUCAUGAAUAGAGUUUUCCCUACAAACUUUCCAAAUAAACAGUACCAGCUGCUUUUUACCCAAGGUUCUGGAGAAAGUAAGGAAGAAAUUGUGAACUAUGAAUUUGAUACCAAAGACCUUGUGUGCCUUUGCUUUAGCAGUGUGGUUGGUGUUUGGUAUUUACUGAAAAAGCACUGGAUAGCCAAUAAUCUGUUUGGGCUUGCUUUUGCUCUGAAUGGUGUAGAGCUACUUCAUCUCAACAAUGUCAGCACAGGAUGUAUCCUACUUGGAGGUCUAUUUAUCUAUGAUGUGUUUUGGGUAUUUGGGACAAAUGUCAUGGUGACGGUGGCCAAAUCUUUUGAAGCACCAAUUAAAUUGGUUUUUCCUCAGGAUCUUUUAGAAAAGGGACUUGAGGCCAACAACUUUGCCAUGCUUGGUCUGGGGGAUAUUGUUAUUCCAGGUAUUUUUAUUGCUUUACUGCUACGUUUUGAUGUUAGUUUAAAGAAGAAUACCCGUACCUACUUCUACACCAGCUUUUUAGCAUACAUAUUUGGUUUGGGCCUGACAAUCUUUGUUAUGCAUACUUUUAAACAUGCUCAGCCUGCACUACUUUAUCUGGUUCCAUCGUGUAUUGGUUUCCCAGUCUUGGUUGCCUUGAUUAAAGGAGAAGUUACAGAAAUGUUCAGAUAUGAAGAAAACUCUGCUGAACCCUUGGAAGAUGCCACGGAAGAAAAAGAAAAGAAAGACCUGUAGCGGAGAUUGAGUUGAAGAUUCUCCUACUGUCUGAACAUUUCAUGCCCAUUUGUAUUGAUAUUGCUGAUGAAAUUCUUCUUGUUCCCUAUUUUGUGUAUGAAUGUGUUUUAUGAGGAAGCAAAUGAUAUAAAAUAUGAACAUGUAUCUAGAUGACUAGAUAAAUGUUUAUUAUAUGUCUGUAUUUCAUACUUUUUGUCCUCGGUCCCCUUGGUGAAACUUGAGCCCAUCAAAAUGUAAGGAUAUCUGUGCCUAUGCAUUACAUUUUAGUUUUUUUUGGUUUUAUUAUACUUGUGCUUCUUGGUAAGGUAAAGCAGUAUGUUAUUAUGGUUAAACAAGAAUUUUAAGUUUAAUUGCAUUUAUGUGGAAACCUCCUGAAUGUAAAUGCCCCGUCCCAUGCAAAAAAAAAA